CGCCGAACCUUGUUACUAACACAGACAGCUCAACACCGGCCUGAGAUCUUUCUCGAUCUCCCGAGCGCGCAAACAUGGCACCACACAACCGAUGACCAGCAAGCAGAUCGAGCAUGAAGCGCGGCGCGGCGGCGUAGACGGAUACAGCAUGACUCGAUUCCGCCACAGGCCUUUCAUGCGAAAAUAAGCACACCGGCAAGCACAGACUGGCGACUGUAACCAGAAGACCAUGGCGCGUCCAGCAAACUGUUCCGCGCUGAUCAGAACUGGAGUGGCAACGAGCGCAGACACAGACAUUGCUGGGACAGGAAUCCUGGUCGCUUUUCUCCUUUCGGCCUGUCUGACUCUUGGUGCCGUGCUGUUUGCAUACUUCACCGGCCUUGUCGAUGAUGGCCUCUUGCGUCCGGUCGACAGAUUCGUCCUCAAGAUUCCCUCCCGAGCCGCACGAUUUCCAAGAGCACAUGUCGCGCUGAGAAAAGCAAUACUCACACUCAGCGACCAGCAAAUCGUCACUGGAAUCGCCAUUCUCGGAGCUGGAUUUUAUGGUCUGCGGAAUGGCACUAUCAGUGUUUACCACUUCCAGAUCGUCAUAUAUCUGGCUUGGAUGUCGAGUUCUGUUCACCUAUCUGCCUUGACCAUUCUACGACCAUGGCUCUACCACCAUCGCGGAGUCCUGGCAUGGAGACUCAUAGGAAUGUUGACGCUUCUGGCUAUGCUGCUUGUGGCAUUGGUCCCCACCGUGAGCAACAGUUGGGCUGUGAUAAGUGUCAGACCCCCAGUCCCGGGUCCGAUUCCAUACCCUGAGCUGCCACUGACGGCCUUCGGCGUGCCGGCGAUAUGUUUCUGGGGCACCACUUAUGGCGAUGGAGUGAAUCCGGACUCUGUUUGGGCGUUUGUGGUGCUCUUCAUCAGCUACCUUUGGAAGUUGGGAGGCAUCUUCAUGCCAGUGAGAAGCACAUUUGCCAAUUAUUUCCGCAAUCCCAUCGACUGUUUCUUCGAGGCGAUUCUGGUUGGAAUGGCUCGGAGCUACAACAGAUUAGGGGGACGGAGACGCCUCUUUGCUUUCAGAAUUGGACUGGCCCUGUACUUGCCUGUUGUCACUGUACUCGAAACUUUGGGAUCGUUCAACGCAGCCCUCUGGGUGAGCCUCUUGGGCCUCAUCUUCGGAUGCAUGCAAAUCAUCAUACCACGUGAACUGGUGCAAGAUAUAAAUCCAGAUUUAGCCCAACAAGAGAACAAGAUCGGAUUUGGGCAAUUGAUGCCUCUGAUCCUCCUCAUCCAACCUCUUGGAUCUAUCUCGGAGCACAUCUGGCUGAAAGCAAGAGACGAUGAGCCGUUGUACCCAGAUCCUUACAGCGCUUGCUUGGAUAUGUAUCAAGCAGAGGGCACAACGGUUGGCGACUCCCAAAAAUAUUUCCUGCAAUUCAUGGCAACAUAUCAGACACCCCCGCGCACAUCACAGGCGCCUCAGCGGAUCCAGUUGAAGGCAUUUCUGUACAGCUCAAAGCUCUUUCAUGCUAUGGUCUGGGCGCUGCAAGCCGCCGUGGCUGCAAUCUCUGUCCUUAUAUUUGUGGUCGACUACGAAACGAUAGGGUUUACAACUUCCGGCAACUGGCUCUACAUGGCGUUCGCUGCAGCGGGGUGGCUUGCGUCGGCACCGUUGAUCGUGUUGCUAUUGGCACCGUGGAGCAAGCUUGGGCGAUAUACUAAGCGUGAGAGGAGAGCAUCGGCGACUUCCCAGACAGAACCUCCGAAGAAUCUCGAGGUCCUUCGACUGAAGGCGAUGAGUCAAUUUUGGAACAACAACCAGAGACCUAGCUCUUCAGUUGAGCAGUAUCUCCAAUACGAAGAAAGCUUGUCUCGUAGUAAGUCGAGUCCAUAGUCGAGUCUACACGAAGUAUGCACCGCUAGCAAGUCUCAGCCCGUGCCCAUUGCCGUAAAUCUUGCCUUGCUAAUUGAAAGUCUACCGGCCUAUUUUGCCAUCUGUAGGAUCAAGCAAAAAGUACCGACAGCCUCAGAAACAUCGAGCUUCAUCGUCACCCUAUCGACGAAGCCAUCCCCAGAAUCCCCCGCCUCUCUUGCUCAUCCAACACAAUCCCAAACUCCUUCUCCAGCGCCUCCACCCUCUCCCUCUCCGUCUU